GGAGCUAAUGACGGCUUUUGAUGAUUUUUCCCCCAAAUCUCGGUUGUUUUCCCAUGAGUUUAUCACACGAAAAGUGUCUUUAAGUUGGUGCAUGUGGUGUGAUAGUGGUGAUGAGUGUCGCGGGUGCCGAGGGUUGAUGGAAUAAAGCGUGCGCGACGGUGGGAAAAGGUGUUUGAGCGAGCGGAUAAAAAGCACAAUGAUCUACUACGUUUGCGUUCAGUUUACAAAAUGGCGUCAGCAGUCAGCAGCACAGACGUUGAGCCAUCAGCGGCCCUGAGCGACGUCCGGGAGGCGGCCUACCACUCGGAGUCGGGCCACGAGGUGUCCCUGGCGCAGGGGCAGGCGACCGGGGCGACGGUGAGCGGGCUGGUGUCGAACGGGGGCGCGGCGUUCAGUGAGGCUCCGCACAAGCUGCAACAUGGACCCGUCGUGAGUGAUAGCAGGAGUGCAAGUGUGUCGAACAACAAUAACAAUUACAAGCGCGCGAGCGAGGGGCCCCACGCGGCGCUAGAGGGCCCGGCUGUGUCGAAUAUGCCAAAGAAUAGCAAUGAGCCGGUGAAGCUAGUGUACCCACAAGCGGCGACAGUGGUCGGCGGCAGCGGCCACGGACAGACAUCCGCCCCGACAGUGCUUAACAUGAACAAUCGUGUGACGUUCACGGGCCAGACUUUGCCGAACGGGACCAUCAGUCUCUCGCCCAUCACAACGCAGGCCACAAUUAUGCAGACGGCGGCCAACGCCAAGACGCCCCAGACAUCGCAGAACCAAUCUCAGCCCGCGCAGUCACAGCAGUCGACGAUAGUGAUUAAGAACCAAGUCAGCAUGGCGCCGGGCAUCACGUCCGCGCCACCCGGAAUGGUCACAAUGACCAAGACAAUCAACCAGGCCACCACGCAGAACAUCGUGGCGACGCCCGCGAUGCUGCCCGCCAGCGUGCAGAUAGUCAACAUGCGGCCCGGCACGCCGUCGCAGGCGCAGCAGAAGUCCGUGGCGGCCGUCCAGCCCAGAGUCGUGCUGGGCGGCACGCAAAUGCUGGGCGCCAGACCCACCAAUUCAGCUAUCACUCUGAGUGCCCUGCAGAACUUGAAUGCUGGCCAAUCGGGUCCGGCGCUGCUGCUGAAGACGGAAACUGGUCAGUAUCAAUUGUUGCGCGUGGGACCAGCGCCUGCGACUCCUGUGACGCCCAGCAUGGGCGCCACGGCGGCGUCCGCCAAUCAAACGAUCCGCUUGCAAACCGUCCCGGCUGUAAGUAGAUUCACUGGGCCACCAUUGGCACUCAGAAAGACAAUUGUAACACAACAACAGGUGAAACAGAAGCAGCAAAAUCAAACAUUGACAACAACAACGGCCAAUAUUGUGGUGAAUACGACAGCGAGCACGGCAAUGUCGGCGCAGCAGACGCAAAUCCUGUCCACACAGACAUCGCAAGUUCCUCCACCUGUUGCCUCCGUGGCGCCGGUUCCCGCGUUGGCCGCGCAGAAUGCAACGGCGGCGGUGGUUGUGACGGCAAAUGCGACACCGACAAAUCAAAAUUUGCACAAUACCAAAGAGAAGUGCCGCAAAUUCCUGGCCAAUCUCCUCGAGUUGUCGAGUCGUGAGCCGAAGACGGUGGAGAGGAAUGUGAGGACGCUGAUACAGGAGUUGAUUGAUGCAAAUGUGGAACCGGAGGAGUUUUGCGAUCGCCUCGAGCGUCUGCUCAACGCUAGUCCACAGCCGUGUCUUAUUGGAUUCCUCAGGAAAAGUCUGCCGCUCCUGAGGCAGUCGCUGGUGAAGAAGGAGCUGGUGAUUGAGGGCAUUAAGCCGCCACCGCACACAGUGGCAUUUUCAGGGACAACAACGAUUACUACAAAUAUUCCGGCGACUGUGCGUCCCAUCGGCCAGACGAUCGCAUCCGGCGUGACGACGCUGCCCACGCAGGUGAGAAUGGUGACGCCGAGUGGGCCGCGGCCGAUGCAGACGACCAUCACGCGACAUGCGGCUCCGGUGCGGAUUCAGACGCCGAUCAGCACCACGGGACCCAGACUCACGGGCGGCACAGUAGCGCAGAUUCGUCCGGGAGCGAAUGCCAUUGUCCAGACAGCCGGCGCCAUUCAGUCAACGCCACCGGCUCUGCAUCCUGUGAGCUCAACGCCCACGCAGACGGUCUUCUCGCCAACGGGACAGAUUCGAACACCAACGACGCUAACGCGUCCACAGUCAGCGGUGCACAUUCGCACGACGACGCCUGUCGUGAGAACGCCGACGGCGACGAAGGGAGCGACGCAGAUCAAGAUCGGUGCUACGCAAAUCAAGCAAAUCACGCCAAGUGCCGGCAGUGGGAUUGCCAAUGCGACGCUGCUGAACAGCAACAGCAGCAUUGGCGGUGUGAUGCAGAAGGCGAUGACUGUGAAAUCCCAGACGGCGGCCCAGGCGCAGAAGAGCGCCGCGGCGGCGGCCAAGGACAAGGAGAAGAAGGCGGCCAACUUCUACCAACAAUCCACACUGUCCAUGUCGUCGUCGAUGUACGGCGAUGAUGAUAUCAACGAUGUGGCGGCGAUGGGCGGUGUGAAUCUGGCGGAGGAGACGCAGCGCAUCCUGGGCUCCACGGAGCUCAUCGGCACGCAGAUCCGCUCGUGCAAGGACGAGGUGUUUCUGCAUCUGCCCGCGCUGCAGAACGUCAUGCGGGCGAUUGUGGCGAAGCAUGGCCUGGAGGAGCCCAGCAACGAGGUGGCGGUUCUCAUAUCGCACGCCACGCAGGAGCAUCUCAAGAACAUAGUCGAAAAGUUGGCUGUGAUUGCCGAGCACAGAAUUGACGUUAUCAAGCUCGAUCCUCGGUAUGAAGUGACGAAAGAUGUGAGAGGCCAGAUAAAAUUCCUGGAGGAACUGGACAAGGCGGAGCAAAAGCGUCAUGAAGAGCAAGAGCGUGAAAUGUUGCUGAGAGCAGCGAAAUCGAGAUCGAAAACAGAAGAUCCAGAGCAGGCGAAAUUGAAGGCAAAGGCGAAAGAGAUGCAGAGAGCGGAAAUGGAAGAAUUGCGACAGCGAGACGCAAAUUUGACGGCUCUUCAGGCGAUCGGACCAAGGAAAAAGCCUCGUCUUGACGGGGAAAUUUCAUCAACGGCAGUGGCGGGUGCUUCUGGCGUUGGCGCUACUGGUUUAGCUGCAACACCCCUUCGUCCGCGCAUUAAGCGUGUCAACAUGCGCGACAUGCUGUUCUAUCUGGAGCAGGAGAGAGACACGUGUAGGAGUACAAUGCUUUACAAAGCUUACCUCAAGUGAUGGACACUUUGGACCACAAAUCUCAGAUGUUUCGGUGCAAUGGAAGGAGGAAGAAGAAAUGGUGAUGAGAAUCGUCACAACACGCGCACAAACGGAUAGAAUUGACGCUGAUGAUGUUGGAUUAUGGUGUUAAAAUUGUGCGGAAUUUUGCGAAAAAGGGGAGGAACUUCUUAUUCUGCCCUUUCUUGUGUUUCGUCAAAUGAAAGAAGAGAAAGAAGAGAAAAGAAAGCGGUGGACAUUAACUGCAAUUCACGUUGUGAAGUGAUGAUGUGUUUCUUUGUCUGUUGUGUUUGUGUGUUGUGCGACAGGACGAGAGAGAACAGAAGGAAAAGAAGGAGUGAAAAGGAAGAAGAAGAAGAAAAAUCUCUGAGAAAUUGUAUGAGAGUUGAGAAAAAUCACGUUGAUUUUCCACUUUAGUUGUCCAAAAAAAAAAGGAGAAGAAAGAGAAGAAGAUAAGAAAACAUGUUUUAAGCUUUAUUUUAAAAGACAAGCUGAUACAAAUAUAUUCUGUUUAUACUGUUUUUAUGGCUAAAGGAAAAAAAAUGGGAUCUUGAGACUCUUGGACAUUAUUUUUUUUGAUCAGAUAAUUGUUUUUCUUUAAGAAUUGAUGUGUAAUAUUAAUGGAAAUUUAGAUGGAAAGGAAAUUACUUUAUCAAAAAUUUGAGGUUUCACACUUCCCAAGAAUUGUUUUCAACCGUCAAGCAGAUUUGAAUGUCAAGAGAAACCUUAAAAAUAAAAAUACAGUGAAAAUUCAGAUGAAAUUCUAAAGUUUGUCGUGCUGUGAUUCAUCAAAAAGGAGACGAGGAAGAGAAAAAGUGGUUAAAAGGACGAUUGAAGGAGUUGUUUUUAAACAAAUAUUUAACCACACACAAAUCAUCCCAUUUAUGAGUGCGCGCAAUUGAGUGGAUUUUCUUUUUCUUUCUUCAACAACAACAACAACAACAAGAAAAAAGGUGUUUUCAGUUCAAAACAACACCGAACAGUGAUGGGGAAAAUAUACAAGGAAAAAGGACUACACAAAGAGGAAGGAAAAAAACCUUAAUUGCUUGAUUUUUAAAUGAUAAAGAGAGAAACUAAGUCGAAUAAAUUUAGUUGCGUUAGAUGUUUUAGCAUUGGACACACGCAACUGCGCUGUUGCAGAAGCACGAAGACAUGCGUCAAGUGUGCGGAAGGGAUCACGAUGUACCAUAGAAAGAGAGAGAGAGAGAGAGAGAGUGGAGAAAGUGACAUUAUUGUGGAAUAGGAAGGAAAAUGGGAGUGAGAUAGGCGAUUAAAGUCCCCAAUUAAGUAGCUUAAAUUGAUUGAGAAUACAAAAAGAAAGGAGGAAAA